AUGGACGCGCCACGGUCGCGACAUCCAGACCUGUACACUCCCUUGCCGACAGCGACAUCGAUCCGCGUCAUCGAGCUUCACCCAGUACAGAACAACGACGCACCUAUCACAUGCACGCUCCACCUGACUGAUCUUGAGCACAAUACCCCGAAGUUCCACGCGUUGUCUUACACUUGGGGCGACCCACUGUAUCGGUACUGGUUCGAGGAAGGGAAGUCCACAACAUGGGUGCAGGAAGUGAUCAUCAUCUGCAAUGGACUGCGCGUCAAUGUUACGGCCAACUUGGAGUGCGCGCUCAGGGCUAUCUGCAAGGAGCUAAACACGCAGGUUGGCUUGAUGGCUCAGAUCUACAGCAAAGCUUCAUUGGUCAUAUCGUGGCUGGGCCCCGCGGAUGAGGAUAGUGAGCAAGCUAUACCACUCAUGCGGCGCCUCAACAAACUGCAAUGUUUUGACGAUAUGCAAGAGGAUCAGCAAUGCUCAACAUACACAGACUUCAUGGAGAAGGCGUUGGAACAAGACGACAAAGCAAAAAACUUCAAAGAGUCGCGCUACUGGUUGCAUGGAUCAAGAAGCAUCGAUUUCACGAAAAAGUUGGGCAAGCACUGA